ACCCCUUUGCCAGCACCCUGUGGCCCUGCAGAAGCAGCCAACAUGCCAAUCUCCAAGUGUCCGAAGAAGUCAGAGACCCCGUGGAAGGAGUGGGACCGGAAGGCCCAGAAGAACGGACUGAGGCACCAGGUGUUUGCGGUGAACGGAGACCACUAUGUGGGCGAGUGGAAGGACAACAUGAAACAUGGGAAAGGAACCCAGUUCUGGAAGAAGAAAGGAGCCAUCUACGAGGGGGACUGGCAGUACGGGAAGCGAGAUGGCUACGGCACCCUCAGCCUUCCUGACCAAGAGGCAGGAAAGUACCAGAGAGUCUACUCGGGCUGGUGGAAGAACAACAAGAAAUCGGGCUAUGGAAUCCAGUUUUACGGACCCAAGGAGUAUUACGAGGGUGAGUGGUGUGGCGACCAGCGCAGUGGGUGGGGCCGCAUGUACUACAGCAAUGGUGACAUCUACGAGGGCCAGUGGUGGAACGACAAGCACGAAGGAGAGGGAAUGCUGCGGUUAAAGAACGGGAACCGCUACGAGGGCUACUGGCAGAGAGGCAUGAAGAACGGACAUGGGCGUUUCUUCCACCUGGACCACGGUCAGCUGUUUGAAGGCUUCUGGGUAGAUGACGUGGCCAAAUGCGGCACCAUGAUCGACUUCGGCCGUGAUGAGGCCCCACAGCCCACCCAGUUCCCCAUUCCUGAGAUCAAAGUUCUAGACCCCGACGGUGUGCUGGAGGAAGCCUUGGCCAUGUUCAAGAAGACAGAGGAAGAGGAAGGAGAGUGAUGCCAGAGAACGCCAAGGCUUCAGGACAAGCAAGCCUGUGUCACCCAGCUGCUCAGACCGGUGAGGCUCCUGUUGGAGGAGCGAGCAGCAACUUUGGGCACGCCCUUGGCACCCUCAGAGGGCACCUUACUCCUCCAGCACUGGGCCGUGCUUGGCCACUAAGAGGCCAUUGAGUCUCCCCCAGGCUGGCCUUGGGGACCCUCUCGUGAUGACCUUUGUGCUAUGACCUCAACCCACAGCACAUGAGAAUAAAGAAGAACCCGGUGGCUUAGGCGGGGGCCUGUGGUGCAAGGUUGGGCAUGAGGGGAGCAGUGGGAGUUCAGGUGAACAGGAAAGAUGUCUCCAGGCUGCACGGCUUUAGCUUGGGGGGAGAGCAGGUGGCUCCAGGUCUCUGACCUCUGAGUUAGCCCAAAGAGGAGAGUGAGCCUGCUCCCCAACACCCUGGCCACCAGAAUUUGAGAUUAGGACCCGACCUGGCUUCUCAGCCUAGCACAGGGGCUCCUGACCUUGUGGAAGCUUCAAAAGCCACAACUGUUCAAGGAUUCCCAUCUAAUCAUCUGGGGUGAAGCCCUGGGCUUGCUCCUUCUUUUUCUUCUUCUUUUUUUUUUUAAGACUUAUUUAUUUGAAAGGCGAAAGGAGAAAGAGAGAAAAAAACGAGCUAGGGUUGCACUAGGCCGAAGCCAGCAGCCAGGAACUCCAUCUGGGUCUCCCACAUGUGUGGCAGGGGCUCUAGUGGUUGAGCCAUCAUCCACUAGCUUCCCAGGUGCAUGAGCAGGAAGCUGGAAUUGGGAGCGGAGCUGGGACUUGAACCCAGGCACUCUGAUGUGGGAUGCAGGCGUCCCAAGUUUAGUCCUGACUGCUGUGCCAGACGCCUGCCCCCUGAGGCUUUGAUAACAGGUGUGAUGCUGCUGCUGAGGUUACCGUGGACCAGAUACCUGGAAGAGCUCUGCAGAGUUCUCGUCUGCCCUGCAUUCCUGAGAUGGGAGGGGCUGCGGCACGUGGGUCACACUGCUGGCGAGGAAUCCCAGACCUGGCCAUUUGCGCUUGGGAAUGUCACCCAAAUUCUGUCUCCCUGGUUUCCUUGCUGGUAACAUGGGACGAUAUUAUACUUACCACCUGGGUUUACUGUGGUUAGCAGCUGUGACCGUCCAAUAAGGCAAUGGUUCUUAACCAUUUUGCCCAUUCCCCACCCCAGCUCCUUGGCCACAUCUGGCAAUGUGCAGGAAUGUUUUUGGUUGUCACAUAUAGUGGAAUGUCGCCGGGAUCUAGUGGGCAGAGGCUGGAGAUGCUGCUAAACAUGCUACAAUAUAAAGACACCACAAAAGGUGAGCUUUGGUGCAGCAGUUAAGAUCCCACUGGGGACUCCUGCAUCCCACACUGGUGUGCCUGGGCUUCAGUCCUGCCUUUACUCCCAAUCCGACUUCUUGCUUGAGAGGCAGCAAGUGACGACUCAAGUCCUUGGGCCACUGGCACCUACGUGAAGACCCAGAUUGAGUUCCAGGUUCCUGGCUUUGGCCUGGUGCAGCCCCAGCUGUUGCGGGCAUUUGGGGAGUGAACCAACAGAUGGAAGAUCUCUGUCUCUCUGCCUUUCAAAUAAAUAUCAACACUUUUUUUUUUUUUUUUUUUUUUUUGGACAGGCAGAGUGGACAGUGAGAGACAGAGAGAAAGGAAAUAUAAACACAAUUCUUAAAAGU